GUUAUAUCGGAAUAACUAUUACCUAGAAUAUAAAAUAAAAGUGCUGAGUUUCCCAUUGCAUUGACGUCAAUGCAAUAGGAAACCGCUGUUGUUUUCAUAAGUAAUUCUAAUUGAUAUUCGGGCAGAUUGGAUUGGACUUCCGUCGAGCAUAGUAACUUGUAAAACGUGUCAAUUAUUCAAUAUAUCUUUCUUUUAGCAUAUUAAAUAGUUUUUUUUAAAAACCAUCUUCCGACCCGCUCCGUAACAGUGGUGUCAGAAGUGGGAUACCAGUGUUGAUAUCGUCGUAACCGUUCCGCUGGUAUUUCCUAUCGGGUCGCGAACUACACGUUGCCGACGAGUAAUCCGUCUCCGGGGUGUUGCUAUCCUUGCUGAGCAAAACCGCACCUCGACAAACUCAGUCUCAUCUCUAAAGACGAGCCGCGGCAGUAAGCCUUACGAGUAUCGUGCGUAAGCCUGCCGAUCGUCCGAAAUUCCCGCCGAUUCCUUCUGCCACGGGGCUCAACAUACGCCCCGUCAUCGCGAUUCGCGAUACCGCCGCCGCCGUCUCGCCGUCCUGCCACGCGGUGCCACGCGCUGCCACGCGCUGCCACGUGGUGCUUCCACGUGUAACUUCGACAACGCUCUGGUGUCACGGGCCGCUGCUGCCGUCCCGCUGUUCCUGCCUGACGUCCCGUUGCUGCUGGCUGCGACCUGUAGGUCGUGCUGCUGUACUGCCACUCCAGAAACCGUGCUAACCCAGUGCCGAAAUGCGCAUCGAGUACCUCGUGUUCCUGUGUCUAUCGACGCUGCCGUCGCCGAUCUCAUGCGAAUACGUUUCUUCGAUAGUCAGCAGUCCCGGACUUUACUUUGAUAAGCUCCUAGAUAUUAAGUUUACUAAUAGUGACUGGAAUGUUAUAGCAUACGUAGAUAUAAGUCACGUACAACCUAAUUUAGAUAAAGUCGAAUUCUUAUUUGAAAAACUUAACGUAUUCUGCAAUUCAUUAACUUCUUCUAAAAUACAGACCGACUGUAUUAAUUCAUUAUCCGCUUUAAAAAAUCGUCACAUUCUUAACGUAAGCAAAUUCUCCUCCAUAUCAUAUUUAUUGGUCGAUGAAAAACCUAGUAGACGUCCUAAAAGAGGUCUCAUGGACAUCGGUGGCACAUUGCUGAAAACCAUUUUUGGUACUUUAGAUUCUGAUGACGCAGUGAAAUUCUCAAAAGCCAUAGAAGAAGUACAGACGGAUGAAAAACGUCUUGCUCAUCUCAUGAAAGACAAUAUCCACGUGAUAAAAUCAACUAUUUCAUACUUCAACAACACCAUAUCUAAAGUAAAUGAAAACGAAAACCAUAUAUUACGGAACAUGGAAACAAUCCACAAAAUAUUAGAAACGGUAGUGAAUAGUAACGAUAAAUUAGAAAUUAAAUCUGAGUUAAGUUCUUUACUACAAUCAUUAGAGUCCAUUAUAAUGACAUUGUCUUUCGAUAUAGAAGAUAUUAAUAAUGCAAUUCUUUUCGCGAAACUCAACGUUUUGCAUCCUACUGUACUGAGUCCACACCAAUUGUAUAGUGAAUUAGAUAAGCAUAGGAAUGACCUUCCUGGCCAUUAUGAACUUCCUAUACCUUUAACGUUGCAGAAUAUACACAGUCUAAUCGAUGUUUCGCAACUUGCGUGUUUCUUUCAUUUAAAUAGAGUUAUUAUUGUUGUCAAGAUCCCUCUAGUAUUACCGCAAAUCUACGACCUAUAUAGGAUAAUUCCCUUACCUGUCCCAUACGAUAUGUCGAAACCCGAUACCUACAUUCUUAUCGAGCCAACUAGCUCAUAUGUAGCGAUUACAGCUGAUCGAAUGUUUUAUUCACUCAUAGCAGACAUAGACAAGUGCAAGUUAAUAAGUGAUAAGUGUUAUGUGUGCGUGUUAACUAAUGUGUUUUCAGCGAUCGCCAAUCCUACGUGUGAAACAACUCUCUUAAGUGACGUAAUUAACAAACUUCCUGACAUAUGUGUAACGAAACUUAUUCACGGUUCAAUCGAUCUAUUUCAUAAGUUAACUUUUAACCGUUGGAUUUUUGUACAAUCUGAACCUGGCAAGUGUCACGUAGCUUGUAAUGAUAAGGAUAUAAAUUCCGAUGUUAUUUUGUUUGGUACUGGUAUCUUGACCUUGCCCAGGAAUUGUAAAGCUUUUUACAAAACGCUGCAAUUUGCCGCUGUUGGCGAAACAAUUAUCGGGAAUGUUACUAAUACUAUAUCCAAUUUCGACAUCUUACAAGAUGACUGUUGUGAGCGUUCUAAGUUGAAUAAAACUUUACAGCGAUUACCUUACUCAAAACUAAAUAACUUAGACAACCUUGAUUCUCUACUACAGGCCAGUAUCCAUUUGAAAUCUUUUGAAGAAGAGAUUAAUAAAAUAGAAAAUCCAUCUCAUUUUCAAACUUAUAGCACUCACUAUCUGUCUGUAAGCCUGUGCAUCUCUCUGCUAACUUUAUUAUAUAUUUUAUAUAAAAGCCGAAAGUUCUUCUACUCAACUAACGCCCCAUGUUGCAUUCAAAUAUUUAAUCAAUGUCAUAAUACUAAAAAUAAAUCGGUUCCCGUUUCUCAAACUGUAUUUCAUGGUGACUCAGUAACACCAAUCAAUAAGGACGAGUCAGAAUCUGUAGAAGAUUUACGGGUAACACCAACCCCUAUUAAGAGAAACAUUUUGUUUAGCAAAACUCACGAUAACUAAAUUGGGACGAAUGCACAUGGUUGUAAAUUAGACUAUAAUUUUCUUUCUUUCUAUAUUGUUAUUUUAUAAGUUUAGAUCUUAAUAAUUACUCUUUAAUGUAUAACUAAACGCUAUUUAAGCAACUCCUAUUGUCAACCCUAACCUUGACUUUAAUAGUUUGUAUUCGAUCUUAACUAACGAUGAUCAAUCUUAUUUUAAUAACAACUUUAGAGUAAUUGUCCAACUUGUUUCUUUACUAAUUAUAUUCAAGUCUUCUUAUCCUAGAUUAAAAGAUUAUUAUCUUAGACUUAAGAAUAAUCGUUAUCUCGAUGUUUUACUUUUAUCUUAAUUAUAUUUCCUAUUUGUAAUUGUCAUAUAAAGUACAACUAUAUUUUAAUGCCUCGACGUAAAUCCAACUUAGCAUUCAAUAUUUAGCACGCAUUCAUCUCGAAAUCUCUCAUCACUUUAAGAUGUGAUGAUCGAUCUUAACGGGGGGGUUGUUAUAUCGGAAUAACUAUUACCUAGAAUAUAAAAUAAAAGUGCUGAGUUUCCCAUUGCAUUGACGUCAAUGCAAUA